AGUCGACAGAAGCACAGGAGAAGAAGUGGAGAAUGAUUCCGGCCGUCUUAGUUCCUCUUCUUUUGUCUCAUUUCAGCGGUGACUUUGACGGUGAAGAGCACCGCUGUCUGUACGUCAGAGCCGGCGCCGCCGUCACUCUGCCGUGUCUGGGAGGGCGUGGCUGUGCUGGAAGUCCCUGGACCUACAGGAGAGGAGAGAAGAACCCACUGGUCAUCCGUAAAGGGAAAACCACGAGGUUCCCUCCAGGGGCUGAGGGCGGAGUCAUGAGGGUGGAGGACGACUGCUCUCUGAUCGUCACCAACGUCACUGGCCACAACUCUGGACGCUACUCCUGCUCCAGACUCAACGAAUACAACGCCCAUUUCCUGAACGUCCUGACGGUGUCCUCGUCUCCGUCACAUGGCGGUGACCUCCAGUUGACCUGCUCCAUGGACCGCUUCUUCCAUCCAAAGCCCGUCUGUAGAGGGAGGAAAGUCCGCUGGGUGAAUCAAGACGGGCUGGAGCUGAGCAACACCUGGUGUGGUGGGAAACAGACAAGCUGUCAAUCAAACCUGUCUGUGACCAACAACAGCAGCAGUACCUUCACCUGCCAGGUGGUGGAUGACUACAACUACCCCCUGGUCCAGGGCAGGUUCUCACCCAUCAUCAAAGAGAAUAAGAGAACUGCUUCAACGGACUCCCCUGCCCUGGACGGCUCCUCUGAUUGGCCCCCUCUGAGGUGCAUCAUGGUCACACUGAGAAUCACAGCCCUGGUCCUGAUGGUUUUCAUCACAGUUGUCAUCGUCAGAGACACUGGAUGUUUGAAAGAAAAAAGAUGGCGCUGAGUUCAGGAAAUGUGGUCACCAUUUCUCGUCCACAAAUAUCACCCCCUCCAGACCUCCCCCAGACCCCGCCCCCCUGUUUUAUUGAAACAGUCAGUAAUCUGUUGGUGUGUAGUCUGAAGAGUUGACGUACAUGUGCUGCGGUUGGAUUUCCAGUUCCAUACGUUUGUCUGAGGUGAAGAUUCAAAUGUCACUGUAUGAUGUUAACAACAACGAUGAUAACAAACAAUAAAGAUCUAACAACAAAG